AUGGAUCUCCUGGUUUACGAUGAGAAGGAUGUUGACGCCCUCAAUGCAUAUCAUCUGUACUCCUACUCAAACAAAAGUUUCUAUCAAGAGGAGGUCAAAUAUGCGAUUGUCAUCGAUGCUGGAUCAUUUGGGACCAGGAUUCACGUCUACUCGCUCAAGUAUGUUAACAAUGCGGUACAUUCUCUAUUGGAUGAAGUGUUCGUAGAAAUCGCAAAGCCACUUUCGGCCUUUGCUGGAAGGGAACAUGAACUGGAGGAUGCGAUCUUUGAUCGCCUACUGCGAGUGGCAAAAGAAAGCAUUCCAUCCGAAUUAUAUCUAUCCGUUCCUGUGUCGGUAAAGGCUACCGCUGGGCUUCGACUUUUAUCGCAAGAGUCUGCAGAGAAAAUUCUAGCCACCGUUCGCUCCAUAUUGGCAAAAUGGCCAUUCGUCCCUGAAAAGAAUAGUCUGGAACAUGCCGUUUCAAUUAUACAAGGCCGAGAUGAAGGCAUAUGGGCAUGGAUCACUUUGAACUUCUUACUCGGAAAGAUUGGCGGCUUGGCUGACAAAUCUUCCCACCCGGAGGUCAAAACAGCCGCAUCGAUGGAUUUGGGCGGUGCUUCUGUUCAAGUGGUAUUUGAAAUUAGUCCAGAGGAGGCUCAUUCCCUGUCAUCUUCGUCCCAAAUGGUGCUUUCAGUGGUUCAUUUUGGCGGAAAGGCAUAUCAUCUAUUCCAGAAUAGCUUCCUUCGAUAUGGCACAAACGAGGCUAGAAAAAGAAUACUCAAGUCUGAAGUCGAGUCUUUCAGGCCGUGUACUUCUAAAUCGAUAAUUGACGAAGACAAUAGCGAAGAUGGCCCAGUUUUGCUGAAGCAUCGCAUUGAUGUGGUUGGGUGUCUUCGACAGGUUCGGAGAUAUUUGAAUCUUGACAUUGACUGCCUUCAUCCAACGUGUUUCUUUGCUGGAAUUCCAUCACCUUCGCAAAUUCCCUUUAAAAACUUGAACUUGUUUGCCUUUUCAAACUUUCAAGAAAAGCUCCAUCCAUUCCUGCAUCAGACAGAAAAUGCGGGAGAAAAUUUUGAGCUCAGUAUUGAGGAAAUUUGGAAACAUGUCUUUCUUCAUUGUGAUAACAUUGUUGGCGAAAUAAAGGACGAUCAAUCGACUUUUGUUCUUCCACGGCCGCCAUAUUUGCCGCUAAGAGACGCACUAAGAAAAAUGCCAAACUUUUGCCUGGACAACGUGUACAUCUACUCGCUGCUAACUGAUGGCUUUAAAAUACUUCGAUCCGACUUUAAAAUCAAUUUUGUAAAAAAAAUCAAUGGAAUUGAAGUUUGCUGGGCAUUGGGCGCUGCAAUCAAGAUGAUUGAGGAGCAAUCUUUAUUUGUUAAAUAA